UCAGUUUUCGGUUAUGCGCUUUGGAAACAGACAUCAGCUUCUUGGGUAUUUUAUUUUGUUAAUUUGAUAUUUAGUAAGUCGAACGAUAGCGUAAUGGACUGGAAAGAGGUUCUUCAAAACAGACUUUCCGCUUCUAAGAAAGCUGAAAAGAUGGAGGAAGAGAAGAAGGAGGAAGAGAUGGCAAUGUUUACCAAGAAUUACAUGGAGUGGAAAGGGGGAGGAAAAAGAGAUUAUUCGUAUAACAAUAUACCAAGAUUUUACUACAGGCUGCCAGCUGAAGAUGAGGUUUUGCAGCAGAAGUUACGUGAAGAAUCAAGAGCAGUCUUCCUCCAGAGGAAAAGUCGUGAGCUGCUGGAUAACGAAGAAUUGCAGAACCUGUGGUUCCUGUUGGACAAACACCAGACACCACCAAUGAUAGGGGAGGAAGCAAUGAUUAAUUAUGACAACUUCUUAAAAGUCGGGGAAAAAGCAGGAGCGAAGUGCACGCAGUUCUUCACCGCCAGGGUUUUUGCCAAACUGUUACACAGCGAUCCAUAUGGAAGGAUAUCAAUAAUGCAGUUCUUUAACUAUGUAAUGCGAAAAGUAUGGCUUCAUCAGACCAGGAUUGGCCUUAGCCUGUAUGACGUUGCUGGCCAAGGCUAUCUCAGAGAGUCGGAUUUAGAGAAUUACAUUCUGGAGCUGAUUCCCACAUUGCCACAGCUAGAUGGCUUAGAGAAAUCCUUCUAUUCUUUUUAUGUCUGUACGGCCGUUCGUAAAUUCUUCUUCUUCCUGGAUCCUCUUCGGACAGGCAAGAUUAAAAUCCAGGAUAUUUUAGCCUGCAGUUUCUUGGAUGAUUUACUAGAGCUAAGAGAUGAGGAACUUUCUAAAGAGAGUCAAGAAUCAAACUGGUUUUCUGCUCCUUCAGCACUGCGUGUUUAUGGUCAAUAUUUAAAUCUAGACAAAGACCACAAUGGGAUGUUGAGCAAGGAGGAGCUGUCUCGCUAUGGCACAGGAACCUUCACCAAUGUCUUUCUUGACCAAGUCUAUCAAGAGUGCCUCACUUAUGAUGGAGAGAUGGAUUACAAGACCUAUCUUGAUUUUGUUCUGGCUCUGGAGAACAGGAAAGAACCUGCUGCUCUCCAGUACAUUUUUAAGUUGCUGGACAUUGAAAACAAGGGUUACCUCAAUGUCUUCACACUCAACUACUUUUUCAGGGCCAUCCAGGAACAAAUGAAAUUACAUGGACAGGAGCAAGUAUCUUUCCAAGAUGUAAAGGAUGAAAUCUUUGACAUGGUGAAGCCCAAGGACCCUUGUAAGAUCACCCUUCAGGAUUUAGUGAACAGCAGCCAGGGAGACACUGUCACUAGUAUCCUCAUUGACCUAAAUGGUUUUUGGACCUAUGAAAACAGAGAAGUCCUUGUGGCUAAUGACAAUGACAGCAGUGCUGAUCUGGACGAUACAUGAAACUUCUACUUAUAAAAACUGCAAAACAAAAUAAUUUUCUCCCUACCAGUGAAUCUGGCCACUGUUACUUUAUCUUGGUAAACAUAUCAUUAAAAUAUUUGUAACCUCUGAAAUUGCAGAAGCAGACUAUCACUCACCUCCCAAACACCUGGUGCAUGCAACAAUUAAUGCACUUUAAAUACAAGCGCAAAAUCAACUGUUUAACUAACAUUAAGAGGUCAUUAUUUGGAUCGCUCGUGAUCAAACAACUGGCACCUUGGAAUCAAGCAAAGAAAAUGUAUUACUGUAGCUUUAUAGCCCUUAGGGUCUGCCCCUGCCAUUUCAUUUAUGAACAAAGUCAAUUAAAAAUGUUUGGUUGUGCCUUUCCUACCAUUCUAAGCUGGACUCAACCUACAAGGUUGUUUUAGUUGGUUGUUGCUGGAGAUCAGCUGUACAUGGAACACACUGCAAAUUCUAGUUGCCUAUUAAUAUUUUAAUUACAUUCUUAGACAUUGACAUAUUGCUGUACAGAAAUACAGGUCUGAUUAAUAAAGUUUAAGCUGUAUUAUAUACAAAAUUAAAUGCAAAACAUUUGCUGAAUUAUAAAAUCCUUCCCCAACAUUUGCAUAAAUAAAUUAUAAAAAUGAUUUAUAGAAAAAGGUAUCUGGUGGAGUCAAACAAAAAGUGCAAAACCGAUUCCACUUUUAUUUUUAGUUUUUUAGUUGUUUGUAGUUAUAUACGUAAUGAAAAGUUGUAAUUUAAGGCAUGCACUUCAUUUUCUAAGAAUCGAUUGCAAAAGUUUUGCAAGCAAAUAUUCUAUAUAUUUAAUUUUCAUUGCUGUGAAAAAUGUAAAUCUAAUUCACUGAAACCUAAUACACAUCUAAUUCUGUGCAAGAGAAGUAUAUGGCUGAGGUAUACUGCCAUCUUAUUUGGG